AGGAUUGUGCUCGGCCAGCCCCGCGGGAGAUAUAGGGGCGCCGGGCGCAGGGAGGCGACGCAGAAGCCGGUCGGUCUGUGCUCUGCGCUCCGCGUCACAGACCGGGGAGGAUGAGGCCCGCUGUCCGCGCUCUGUUAGCCUGCGCGGUUCUGGGGCUGUGUCUGGCGGACCCCGAGAAAACUGUGAGAUGGUGCACCAUUUCAACUCAUGAGGCCAGUAAGUGUGCCAGUUUUCGUGAAAAUAUGCUUCGUGUCUUUGAGACUGGUCCUUUUGUCUCCUGUGUGAAGAAAACCUCACACAUGGAUUGCAUCAAGGCUAUCAUGAAUAACGAAGCAGAUGCUGUGACAUUGGAUGGAGGUUUGGUGUAUGAGGCAGGCCUGAAGCCCAACAACCUGAAGCCUGUAGUGGCAGAGUUCCACGGGACAAAAGAGAACCCGCAAACUUUCUAUUAUGCUGUGGCGGUGGUGAAGAAGGGCACUGAAUUCAACCUGGAUGGGCUCAAAGGCAAGAAGUCCUGCCACACAGGCCUCGGCAGGUCUGCUGGGUGGAACAUCCCCAUGGGCAAACUUUAUAAGCAAUUGCCUGAUCCACAGGAAUCUAUUCAGAGAGCUGCGGCCAACUUCUUCUCGGGCAGCUGUGUCCCCUGUGCGGAUCAGUCAUCAUUUCCCAAACUGUGUCAACUGUGUGCAGGGAAAGGGACAGACAAGUGUGCCUGCUCCAACCACGAACCAUACUUCGGCUACUCAGGGGCCUUUAAGUGUCUGACGGAGGGCGGUGGGGACGUGGCCUUUGUCAAGCACUCAACGGUAUUGGACAACCUGCCUAACCCAGACGACAGGAAAAACUAUGAGCUGCUCUGCGGGGACAACUCCCGGAAGCCUGUAGAUGAUUACCGUGAAUGCUACUUGGCAAAGGUCCCUUCCCAUGCGGUUGUGGCUCGAACCGUGGGCGGCAAGGAGAAUGUGAUCUGGGAACUUCUCAAUCACGCCCAGGAACAUUUUGGCAAAGAUAAACCGGACAAUUUCCAGCUCUUCCAAUCCCCUCAUGGGAAGGACCUGCUAUUUAAGGACUCUGCUGAUGGGUUUUUAAAGAUUCCUUCUAAGAUGGAUUUUGAGCUGUACUUGGGAUAUGAAUAUGUCACUGCUCUUCAGAAUCUAAGAGAAAGUAAACCCCCGGACACCUCAAAGGAUGAGUGCAAGGUGAAGUGGUGUGCAAUUGGCCACCACGAGAGGACAAAGUGUGACCGGUGGAGUGGGUUCAGUGUUGGGGCAAUAGAGUGUGAAACAGCAGAAAACACUGAAGAGUGCAUCGCCAAGAUCAUGAAAGGAGAAGCUGAUGCCAUGAGCUUGGAUGGAGGCUACCUCUACAUUGCAGGCAAAUGUGGCCUGGUGCCUGUCCUGGCAGAGAACUACGAACCUGGGAGUGGAAAUUGUAAGGACACACCAGAAAAAGGGUAUCUUGCUGUGGCUGUGGUUAAAUCAUCAGAUGCUGAUCUCAACUGGAACAAUCUGAAAGGCAAGAAGUCCUGCCACACUGCAGUAGACAGAACCGCUGGCUGGAAUAUCCCCAUGGGUUUGCUCUACAACAAGAUUAAUAACUGUAAAUUUGAUGAAUUUUUCAGUGCAGGAUGUGCUCCUGGAUCUCAGCGAAAUUCCAGUCUCUGUGCUCUGUGCAUUGGCUCAGAGAAGGGUUCAGGAAAGGAGUGCCUUCCCAACAGCAAUGAAAGAUACUAUGGCUAUACAGGGGCUUUCAGGUGUCUGGUGGAGAAGGGAGAUGUGGCCUUUGUGAAGCACCAGACUGUCAUACAGAACACUGACGGAAACAAUGAUGAACCGUGGGCAAAAGAUCUGCACAAGAAAGAUUUUGAACUACUAUGCAAGGAUGGCACAAGGAAAUCUGUGGACGAGGCUGAGAGCUGCCAUCUGGCCCGAGCGCCGAAUCAUGCUGUGGUCUCACGGAAAGAUAAGGCAACUUGUGUGGAGAGAAUAUUAAACGCCCAGCAGGAAGAAUUUGGAAAAUCUGUAACCGACUGCACCAACAAUUUUUGUUUAUUCCACUCAAGUUCCAAGGACCUUCUGUUCAGGGAUGACACUAAAUGUUUGGCUUCAAUUGCGAAAAAAACAUAUGACUCCUACUUAGGGGAUGACUACGUCAGAGCUAUGACUAACCUGAGACAAUGCUCAACCUCAAGUGAAAUGACUCCCAGGAACUACCACUUCCGUGAUGCUCCGCUUCGCAGACCUGCGCAGAGCCCAGGGCCACGUUGCUUUCGCGGUGCCGGUAGCGUGAUCUCAGCCAUGGCUUCCACGGACUCCCGGCGGAUGGGGAAUGGGGGUGGUGUUGGGGGCGCCUUCCAGCCAUACCUGGACUCUUUGCGGCAGGAGUUGCAGCAGAGGGACCCGACGCUGCUGUCAGUCGUGGUGGCGCUCCUUGCGGUGCUGCUGACGCUAGUGUUUUGGAAGUUCAUCCGGAGCAGAAGGAGCAGUCAGAGAGCUGUUCUUCUUGUGGGCCUUUGUGAUUCCGGGAAAACAUUGCUUUUUGUCAGAUUGUUAACAGGCCUUUACAGAGACACUCAGACUUCCAUCACUGACAGCUCUGCUGCCUACAAAGUCAAUAACAACAGGGGCACUAACCUGACCUUGAUUGACCUCCCUGGACACGAGAGCUUGAGACUUCAGUUCUUAGAGCGAUUUAAGGCUUCAGCCAGGGCCAUUGUGUUUGUUGUGGAUAGUGCAGCCUUCCAGCGAGAGGUAAAAGACGUGGCUGAGUUUCUGUAUCAAGUCCUCCUCGACAGUAUAGGUCUGAAGAACACACCAUCAUUCUUAAUUGCUUGUAAUAAGCAAGACAUUACAAUGGCAAAAUCAGCAAAGUUAAUUCAGCAGCAGCUUGAAAAAGAAAUCAAUACUUUACGGGUUACCCGUUCUGCUGCCCCGAGCACACUGGACAGUUCCAGCACUGCCCCUACUCAGCUGGGGAAGAAAGGCAAAGAAUUUGAAUUCUCACAGUUGCCGCUCAAAGUAGAGUUCCUGGAGUGCAGUGCCAAGGGUGGAAGAGGGGAUGCUGGCUCUGCUGACAUCCAGGACUUGGAGAAGUGGCUGGCUAAAAUCGCCUGAGGACUAGAUCCAAACACAAGAUGUGAAUGUGUGUGUGUGAGUGACAGUUUUGGAAAAGGAUGUGGUAGUCUGGAGGGAAUAUUUCAAAUAUAGUUAGGAACUUUUGCUUAUUCUGGAAACAAAUUAUUGUUGAAACCAGUGUGGAAUUUUUAUUUUUUAAGCUCAGUUCUCCCAUAUUGCUUUCAAGCUAGUUAUUUUCUUUUAUUUGUGUCUUCCCUUUUUAAAGUGUAUGUAAGAUCCCUUUAGUAUAUGCUUGAUGUAAGGUCGAGGUCUAACAAGUGGACCUCAUAUAGAGAGGAUACUAUCAUGAGAAUAUGACGUCAUCUAAAAUGUUUUCUUCUCCUUUGCUUCUGUGCUUUGACCCCCUUAUCCUGGAAACAAACCUGUCUUGUGUGGAUCUGGGUGAUUUCCAGUUACCCUUCAUGGGCAGUACAUGAAUCUUCAGAUUUGUUAGUACAAUUACAACAUGGUCUCCGGACAUGUAAAGGCAGGUUGAAAACAGCAAGGCUGUGCUGACAGUGGUCUGUUCUUCAUCAGCUCAGUGACUUGUCCACACUCCAGCCUUGUAACACUUAGGUUUCAGAAAUGUUAUGAAUUCUUGGAGUCAUUCCUAGACGAUGGGACUGUAAGUGCUAAAUCCCCAAAUGCUGCUAAAAUGUACACUAGAAAUGACCAUCCUAGUGUUUUCCCUUACCUGGGGAACACAUGGAGAUUUAGAAGAUGUUAUGUUUUUCUGAUGCAUGAGUUCUUCUGGGCUAUAUCUUCGUGUGCUAUUUGAUGAGCUCCUAUUUUUGUACUCAUAGCAUGAAUGCUGUGGAACAAACACAAAAUGAAAAAGUUCUCUGUAGAUUUUUAAA